UGCCUUGCUCCUUGACUAUUAGCUUUACCUUCCGUUCCUUAAUUUUGAAACUCUCUCUCCCAUUUAAUGCCUUAAUCUCCCAGUUUGCCUGAGUCGAUACCAGUUGCUGCCUCAUUCCGGUAAUACGCAAGAGUUGAUAUGCUGCAGGAGCAACCCAGAACUAAAACUGCUUUUGACCAAUUUGAAGAUGUUCCAUUCUUAGGUUUUUCAAGCUUUCUUCCUGAUGCUUAAACAUGUACAGUAUCCACGCCCUAUGUUAAAAAAUCCUCGAUCGGAGUAAUACUACUGCUGAUUGAUCAGCACUUUCUGGCAUGCAUGUACAUGAAACUCGAUCGAGCAUAAUUCUCAAGUUUAUAGCCACUAUGCAUGGUGAUGCCGUGACGAAAUUCCAGACCAUAAAUCCAUUCAAAUUCAGUAAUCCCAUUACUUCGUUAACUCAGCAUGCAAAGCCCAGUAGAGAGAAAACCAGGGGUUUACACCUACGUCGCUCAAUGGCCAAUCUGCACACUAGCUUGGUCGGUCCGCCAUGACAAGAACUCUCGCCUCGCCAUAGGAAGCUACCUCGAAGACUACAGCAACAAGGUGGAACUGGUCCAGUUCAACCAUGCUACCUCUGAUUUCACCACCGACAGCCGCCUUGUCUUCGACCACCCAUAUGCGGCCACAAACCUCAUGUUCUUCCCCUCCGAGGACACCAUGCAUCCCGACAUCAUAGCCACAUCCGGGGACUAUCUGCGGCUGUGGCAAAUCCACGACGACCGCAUCGAGCUCAAGGCUCUCCUCAACAGCAACAAGAGCAGUGAAUUCAAUUCUGCCAUUACUUCUUUCGAUUGGAUCGAAUGCGAUACGCGUCGUGUGGCUACGUCUAGUGUGGACACAACCUGCAUUAUUUGGGACAUAGAGAAGGAAGUUGUGGAUACCCAGUUAGUAGCACACGACAAAGAAGUAUACGAUAUUUCAUGGGGUGGGUUCAACGUCUUUGCUUCUGUUUCUGGAGAUGGUUCAGUCAGAGUAUUCGAUUUAAGAGACAAAGAAAGAUCCACCAUAAUUUAUGAAAAUCCUAUGAGGGACUGUCCAUUAUUGAGGUUAGAGUGGAACAAGGCUGACCCAAGAUUCAUGGCCACGGUUGGGAUGGACAGUAACAAGGUUGUAAUAUUGGACAUUAGGUUUCCGACAACUCCAUUGACCGAGCUGAGCAAGCACAGGGGCAGCGUAAAUGCUAUAGCAUGGGCCCCACGAAGCGGACGGCAACUAUGCUCUGCUGGGGACGAUUCGAGGGCUUUGAUAUGGGAAGUGGGGGAGACGGAUUUUCGAUCAGAAGCUAACGGUGAUGUGGAGCCAGCAGUAUGGUAUGGUUCAACAGCCGAGAUCAAUCAAGUACGUUGGUCGCCUAUGGAGUUGGAUUGGAUUGCUAUUGCGUUCUCAAAGAAGCUGCAGGUCUUGAAGGUUUAGAUGUCUAUUUAUAUACUAAUUAGAGUGAAUUAUUCCAUGUUACUGAAUAAAAUUAGUGCAGUAAAUUUAGGUUGGGGACGGGCCGAGGUUGACGUAAUCGGUACAUAUUUGGGGGCCAAAAAAAAAAAGGCUUGAUAAUUGAGAUUCCUCUCCGAUCCAAUUUCAUCAUGUUAACAAAAAGCUUGAUAAUGGAGAUUAUAUUCUUGCACGUCAA